GGACAUGCCUCAGUCACUCCUGCACACAGGUUUUAAGAGAGUGCACAUAGAGACAGAGAGAAAAAAAAGAUCAGAGGUAGAGGAGAAUAUUAGCAGCUGCUGGAGAGGUAAAGUGGGCAGGAGGUGAACAAAGUCUUUAGUUUUCCACUAGAGGCAAAAGAAGUCUGGCAGUGAAGAGGUGAGGCAGGAGUCAAGUCUUCAGGAGUGGGACUACCCAGCAGUGGGAGGUUCCUCCAGGGAGGGUAUAGAAAUUUUCGGAAGCGUCCUCUUCUCUCUGCUGGGAGUCAGACCCCCAGGAUCCAGAGCCAUGGAGCCCUCCAUGUCAACCGAGGUUGAGGGGGAGCCUAAGGAGAGAAAGAAGAUCCAAUUUGCUGUGCCAGCCUCUGCACCCACCAACUUGGACCCCCGGCAAGUGGAGAUGAUCCGACGCAGGAGGCCCACACCUGCCACGCUCUUCAGAGUAGCUGAACAGUCAUCUCCUGAUGAUGAUCAGUCCAAUCAUCAGGUAAAGUGGGUUGUGGGAGAGAACGGAGUCCUCAAACCAAAACGUGUGAACCCAAAUGUGUAUCAGCCUCCAUCACUCAAAGCCGUGCAGAAGAUGGCUGAAGCACACAUGCAGAACCUAGGUGUCUAUCCUUUGGAAGACCCUUGUGAAGGGGAGGAGGAUCAGGACCACUGGCAGGGAGAGGAGGGAGAGGAUGCAUCUCCCGCCAAAAUUGCUGGUCAUCAGGAGACAGCAACAACUGAACAGUUUUCCAGCAUGAAAGAGACAACGAAGCAGAUUGAAGCAGCUCAGGAGGAAGACGAGGAGGAGGAGAAGGAGGAAGACACGGAGGCAAGCAAAAUCACGGAGAACAGUCGGGGGUCUAACUGACAGAGAGAGCGAGAACAUUUUGAGGGAAGAUAUGGGGGAGAGAGAUGGUGUUAUGUCAAAAUGGUUAAAAUCUGAAGAACUCAGAAAUGAAGAAGUGGUUGGAGUCAUACAGUGAGAAGAUCAGAGCUGUGAGUCGUCUGAAUGAUUCAUAAUUUCAUGAACACAUGAGUGAGAAAAGCUUUUUGUACUACUUCACCUCUAAAGGGUCUGGUUUGAACAACAGAGGACAAAGAGGGAGUUUGUGAAUUAGAGAGAUCUUAUGAGCAGGUGAGGAAUGAUAUACUGACAGAGCAGACCACAGGCACCACUUUGGCCCUGGUGCCCCUUUGUUUAUAGUAAGACUGGAUGGGCCAAGGUCAGGGUGACCAAAAACCCUGCAAAGGCAAGUCCUCUCUCAGUCAAAUGCUUUACUUCAGAGCUAAAAGUUCCUAUAAAGAGGCUAAAAGAUUAAACAGAUAAAAAUCCAUGGAUACAUUCUAAGACUCAUUUCUUUUGACCCUUUGUGAAAGCACUUAAAAGUCUUUCAAUUUAUGUGGCAUGUGUUCUGCUUUUUCCAAAUCAAGGCCUACAGUAUUGUCCUGAUCAGCUGUUUGUAGUCACUGCCAUCUUGUGGUAGAAUGUAAUAAUUGUAGGUUUAAAGUGCUACUCCAGCCAAACACUUUUUAUGUAAUUAAUUUAAGUUAUAAUCUGUGAAACUUUCAUGACAACAAAUUCUGCUUUUUAGGCUUUGAUGAUUAAAUUUUGUCAGUAAAAUUCUUAAAUGCGUUUAUAUUAUGUAAUCAUUCCUCAUUAAAGUAGUCUUCUAAGUUAAUGACAAGUCCAGCCCUCUGUAAAAUUGACUAUUUGUACUUUUUACUUGCUUCCAAACCUGAAAUCCAGUGGUCUGAAUAUGUAUAAAUGCACUUUUAAAAACUCAAAUUGUUUCUGUAUUUCAGAAGAUUAAACAUGUGGCUUGGGGUAUCACUUUAAAACCCACAUAUGACAAUUAGCACCAAAAUGUUUGGCUGGGUUGUUUUAAAAAUUCCCUUUAGGAAUUUUUUUUAUGAUUUGGGAUUCAAACUUUAUUGUUAAAGGACAAAGCUACCUCUGUUGUUGUCAGAAAAACCCACCCACUGCCUCCAUACUUCACUCAUUUGAGCUGGAUUCUUCACAAACAGACAAAAACAGUUUGGGAAAUGAAAUUUUAAACUUCUAACAUUUUUUGUUGCUCAUUUCAGAUUUUGUGCCGUUUUCUCAUAAAACCCCUUUUGUAUAUCAACUCUUUUAUAAUGUCAUCUUCUUGAUUGUUCCCUCAUGAUUUGUAUGUCAUGGAUCUGCUGCAAGAGCUAUUUUUCUAAUCUGGAGUCUGGUGUAUGAGGAGCUCAGCUGCUUCUGCUGCCUGUUUCCACAUGCACAAAUUACUCUCAAUCCUACAUGUAAUAUUCAGCAUCAACAGGCUACAGCCAAGAACUGCAGCUGCUGUAUAACAGUCUUUUAAAUAAACUGAGCUCUGCAAAGACUUUUUGUGCUGUUUUUACCAUUGAUGAUGCAUGAUAUUUUCUUUAAGUCAGCUAAAUUUGAAAUGUCUUAAGUCAGUAUGUUUUGAUUUAACUGAUGAAAAUCAGGAUCUGAUAUAUGAGAAGGUUUCCAGUUGUGCCACAGGAUGAAUGCAUUUUGCUUUCUGUAUAAUCUGGGCUGCUGUUUGUACAUAAAACUCUGUGAAACGUUUUUUUAACCUCUGACCCAAUGACUGGAUGAGCAGUGGCUUGUGUGUUAACGCUUUGCAGCCAAUGUUGUCCUCCCCUUCCCUCACCCUCUGUCUACCACCUCCCUCUGCUCCCAGGUCAGAAAACAACCAAGACUUUCAUGAACUAAUAUGCUUAUUCUGUCUUUAUUUCUAUUUUAUUUUCAUUCUCUUGUUUCUCUAUGUGAUGUGGUUGUUUUAAAGUGAGCAACUCUAUGAUAUCAAAUAAACCUUUCCCUUUA